AUGUCUCGCCUGCAGUCUGCCGUCACGCUGGCUGAAGAUAUCUACUUUGGUCCAUCGCAGUGGGACAAGUCGAGUCUACCUUCAUGGCGCCAACUGCUGUUUGAACAGUGUGUUGCUAGUGUUUACGGCUCCUUAUACCACUACUACCACUACUAUUACUACUACGACACCAAGAUGAUUACCUCCCUUUUCGUCGCGGUCGUCUUUGCAGGCGCCAUCUUUCUCCAUGCUAUCAGAUACCAGCCUUUCUCUAUCGAUCCGCGCAUCUACCUUCUCGUUGCUGUUCUCUUUGCCCUGGGUGUCAUGGUCUACAAAAUCCUGAUCUAUCCAUUUGCGGUCUCCCCUUUGCGGCAUCUGCCAACUCCGAAGGGACACUGGUUGCUUGGCCAGACGGUCAAGCAGUUCCGUGCCAACAGCCCCCACGGAGCAGCCGUUGAUUGGAUGCUGGAGUUCCCGGAGGCGGACCUCAUCCGGCCCUUGAUGCUGGGGAACAGCGAGUCUAUCCUUGUCUGCAGUCCCCGGGCGCUGAAAGAAGUCACCCAGACGCACUGCUACUCCUUCGUCAAACCGAAGUUUCUUGCCCGUACCUCGGAGGGUAUCAUUGGCAAGGGAGGCAUCUGCUUCGCCGAGGGAGAUGUCCAUCGCCAGCAGCGAAGAUGUUUCAACGGUACGCUCUUCUUUUCUCUCUUCGAAGGUGCUUCAUACUUCGAUCUAUCUAUACUAACAUCCUCAGUCCCCUUUCUCGUGAAAAAUGUCAAAAAGUCGAUGCCGGCAAUGUUGGCCAAGGGAGAACAACUUGCCAACGCCGUAGGAGAAACGGCCGCUGGCAAUGACGAUAUUGUAGAAGGCAAAUAUAUCCCAUACGCUCGCCCCCCCUCCCUGACUUCAAUUUGUAUGAGAGACCAGGCUAACACCUACACAGUAUCCUCGCUUAUUAUCAAGGCUACCAUUGACAUAAUAUCCAAGGCCGUCAUGGGCUACGAGGUCGACAGUCUCGCCGAUGCAUCCAAGGCGGAGUUCUACCGCAGAACGAUGGAUGUCAUGCACUUGUCGACCACUGACCAAAUCAUGCUCGCCCUAGACAACUUUUUUCCGGCUCGCAAGUGGAUCCCAAUCGAGGCCAACCGCCGCUUCUUGCAUGCAGGUAACGUCAUCAGCGAGUUGCUUACCGAUCAUGUCAGGAAAUGCAUCUCCAGAAUCAAGCAGGAGCCGGAUGCCGAGAAGGACCUCGAUAGCGAUCACACGGACAUCUUCACCAUGAUCGUACGGGAGUUGAUCGAAAGGGGAGAUCCUUUAUCCGAAGAGCUUUUAUUACGAACUCUCAUGGUGAGAGGGCAUGAAUCUACCGCCAACUCAAUCGUCUGGUGUCUCCAUAUGCUCGCUAUUCAUCCGUCUGUCCAGGCCCGUCUGCGCGCAGCCAUACGCGAAGUGAUCACAGAGGACUCUUUCACCUACGAGGCAGUCAACUCAAUCGAUUACUUAGACUGCGUCAUUAAAGAAGUCACCCGCCUCUACCCUUCAUGUAAGGACAAACACACCCUUUUUUUUCUCUGCUCCAUCAUAAAUUUGUAUGCUCAGCUUUUUACUAACGCUGGGCAACUAGUCGUGUCUAUGCUGCGCACCCCUAUAAAUGACAUCGAGAUAUGCGGCACUCUCGUACCUGCCGGCACUCUGCUAAUGAUGUACCCUGCUGUGACCCAGCACAACCCGACUAUCUGGGGUCCAACUGUAAACGAGUUCAACCCAAAUAGAUGGAAUGACUUACCCAGUGCCGCGCAUGACCCGUAUGUGUAUCAGGUCUUCUACAGCGGAACGCGAGUCUGUGUUGGUCGAGCGUUUGGUUUGCUCGAGAUCAAAACAUUCCUUACCAAGCUUUUGCUCAAGUGGGAGUUCCAUCCCAUUGAGAAGGAGCUCGAGAUGCCUUGGUCCGGAUUUACGCUGAAACCCACGCAUGGGCUUAAAUUGAGAAUCACUCCUGCUCCUGAACCAUGA